UAACGAUAGAAGAUAAUAUAUUGAAAUAUCUUACACACCAAUGAGAAAUAUCAAGAUAUUGGAGAGCUUUGUAUUUCAUACUUAAUUGAUGAAAUUUAAAAAAAAUGUUUUCUUUCUAUUGUAUUAGAGAAUUUUGUUCUCUAUAUCAAUACAGCAAUGAAGAUACUACACGUCUUGUAUAAUAAAAAUUGCAUGUAGAAACAGUUCAAGCAAUUAUUUUGCGGAAAUAUUAUAUUGAAGAAAAUUGUUGCAAGUUUGGUAUUACAAAGAUACGGAUAUUAAAUAUGCAAAAGUAAGUAGGAAAUAUCGACGGUGAAAAAUAAUGUUACUAUUGAAAGUAGCGUCAUAAAUCUAUAGACAUUCUGACAGUGAUAGUAACAGUCUAUAGACAGUGCACCCUCCUGUACCUAAUGUUAUUUAAUCUUACCUAGUACAAUAGAGAUUCCAUCAAGUUAAAGUUAUUUCAAGAGCAAUAAAUAUUGACCAACAAUUUUUCAUAAAACUCACAAAAUUAAAAACCGAUUAGAUAUAACUCGAUUACAUAAAAAGUAGCAAUUAAAAUUUAAAAGCAGUGUUAUACACGAGAGUUCUAAGCGUCUGCGACGUUUUAAUGUCACUCUGAAUCUGAUGUUGACCACGUCUGUUGCAUGCUAUAAAACGUUUAUCAUGUGGUUAAAUUACGAGAAUAUUGUAGCGUUAAUUAACUAUCUUACCGAAGAGCCGUUCAAACCAUUAGACUCGGAUGAGAUAAAAAUUCGUCAACAAUAUGAUAACAUAAUACGGAACAAUACAUUGUGCUACACAAUCUUAAUUGUGGGAUCAUAUGCAUUUGCUGUAUUAGCCUCGUUAUUCACUCACUUUAGAUAUAAAAGGCUAAAAUAUAGAGAAUGGAUACCAUACGAUUAUUCAUCUAAUGUGAUAUAUUGUUUCACAUACAUUCAACAAAUGUUAGGCGGAUAUCAUUGCGUUAUUACAAAUGUCGCAAUAGAUAGUCUCAUGUGCGCGCUAUUAAUGCACAUAUGUUGUCAAAUUGACAUCUUGGAAUAUCGCUUGAAAAAACUUUUGAGCAAUCAUCUUACUGUGGGCUACUGCGUACGCCAUCAUAAUCGAAUUUUUGAGUUUGCACAGAUAGUAAAUAUAAAAUUUACAAAAAUAAUUGGAUUUCAGUUUUUGGCAAGUAUGAUGAUAACGUGCUCCAAUUUGUAUCAAGUGGCUAAGUCAACUUUGAAUACAGAUCAUAUUGCGUUAAUUAUGUUCACAAGCUGCAUGUUAACAGAGAUAUUUAUUUAUUGCUGGUUCGGAAACAAAGUGAAAUUGAAGAGUCUCCAAGUGACAGAUACCAUUUUUCAAAUGGAGUGGCCAAUGUUGGGCAAUAGUGUCAAGAAGAGUUUAUUGAUGAUUAUGAAACGUGCAAUGAUACCUAUUGAAGUUACUACUGUAUAUAUAUUAACCAUGAAUUUGGAUUCUUUCGUAAUGUUUCUUAAAACAUCAUAUUCCAUUUACAAUUUAUUGACGCAAGUGAAGUAGUAGAAAUAGAUGGAAAGUAAAAUGGGUUUCUGACUAGAUGCAUACAACUAUAAAGGAUGGAUAUAAUGAGAUGA